GAAGUUUCUCUUAUGUUCUGACGGUGAGAAGUGAUGAGGUAGCUCAGAAAAGCAUCCUUCGAGUGACCAUGAUGUACCAGCUGGCCUGAUUUGUGGGCCACACAUCCUCUGCCGCUGGUCCAGGAGACUAUUUUGAGACUUCACCAUACUCCCUGGCGUGAAUGCCACUGAUGUGAGCCCAACAGGAAGUGUGACCUCAUUCUGCCUCUCAGUCUCUGGUUACACAUGCUGUUUUUGAAAGAAAACAAGAGCGGUUAUAAGGCUGACUUUCUCAAGAACUACGUGCCCUUUUAUUCCAGGAAACAACCAAAAGAACGAGAGGCCACGGAGGACAAAACCUCUCUGCAAACUCCUGUACACGGCGGGAGAUGCAUGCAGGCAUCUGUUAGGAGGAGGGAACGGGAUUUCUCUUUAUUACGAGACUUCCCCGCACCUGUUGACAGUCUUUAUUUUCAGCCGAAGAACUGCUAAAUCCUGGAUUUCUCCUCCGUCAACCGCAGGAAACUUCGCACUUCAGUAAUUCUUCUAUUCAUCAGUAGGAAGAAGGAACUGGGAACUCCCUUUGGAAGGAACAUGUAUGGACGGAUUAUUUUUCAGAAUGGAUGUGUUACUUCGAUGGAACUGAAAAUCUGUGAAGUUUGAACAAGCAGCAGUCCCAAGAUGUACUGAAUAUCUCAACUGAUGUCAACACCAGUGGCAAGUAAAUGUUCUUCAGGCUCUGAGAGAGAAUAUUCCAGAGAGAUGUCUCCCGGAUGCAUAUUCCCAAGUUUUGCCUGUGAUUUCCUGGAUCAUGACAGUUCCUUUGAAUGCUGCUCCGUAGAUCUCCCGAUGGGCUCCCACAUGACCUGUCGCCGAAGUCCCAGACUCCUCUCCAAUGGAUACUACGUUUGGACAGAGGACAGUUUCCUCUGUAGCAAAGAUGGCAACAUGACUCUGAGCCCACCCCAGACCAGUGUUCUUUACAAGGAGAAUUUAGUUAGAAUAUUUAAAAAGAAAAAGAGAAUCCGCCCUUCCUUGUCGAAUCUCUUCAACCUUGGCACCUCUACAUCCUGGCAGCAUGGAGGUAUCUUUGGUGACGUUGCCUCCUCUCUAAGUGAGGACUCCUGGCUGGAGGCGGUCAGCAGGCUGGACAAGCACCAUUGCCAUGAAAUCGGAGAGGAUCCUGAGUGUUCCGAUGCCUGGGAGUCUGAGCAGCCAAAGGCAACCUCCUCCUCUGGCCACGCUGUGUCUUGGACUCCACCAGAGAACUCCCUCGACCUGGCCCUUCUGUCUCCAGUGACAGCAUCUGAACAUUUCCCCGGGAACAUUCUGGAUCAUGCAAAAAGCAGUUUGUGGAGAGAGGUCUUCUUUCCAGCAGUUCUGCUGGCUGCGUGCUUAAUCAUUUGUGCAUGUGCAAGAUGCCUUCUGGGAGGAAGCGUAGCCAGCAUCCUCGCAUGCCCGUUGAUGAUAACUAUUGCCUAUGCUGUCAAGUCAUUGUUUCUCAGUCUUGCCAACUAUUUCAAAGGCGCCACCUGGGCUCAAACUUGGAAGUGCACCUCACCAGCAUUAAUGACACAUUUGCACUCAUGUUCAGCUUUCUGGGCUGAGAUGUCGCACUCUUCAGGACUGGAGUAACCAACAAUGUCUCAACAAAAGACUUUCACCCAAAGAGCCACUUUGUAACUCAACUUUCAACUAUCGCUGCUUGUCAGAUGGUGUGAAUUGUUAAAUGCCUUCUCUUGGGGUUUUAAGAUGAACUUGUGCAACUAAGCGGAAAGAUCAGCAUCACCUUGUUAAGAACUCAGUAAUGAGAGCAGAGUCUCUUGAAGCAUGGUGCAGGGCGCAUCUGUUCUAGAACCUACUGGAGAGCCUCUAUCCUGAUCCCAGCUCUUCUGAAUCUGAAUUUCCUAGAGCUCCUCAUUUUUAACAACCUGUCUAGGUAAUUCCUGUCGUGUCAACUGUGAGAACCCUGGAAAGAUGGUUUGUAAAUUCUUUGCCCCUCGAUUUCUAAAGUAGCAUCACGUAAUCUACUAAGUCUCUGUUGAGAACUGACGAUACAUUAUGUGCUGCACUGAAUAUCCGGUUCUGCUCGGGUGGAGUCCCUCCCAGGGGUCAGACACUUCCUCUCGGGGCCAAGGCUGCCAUGCCAAGGCCUCGGGAUUUCAGAGUCUAAGGAGACCUGUAAAGGGCAAGGUGAAGUCGCAUUUACUAUGGUUAAGUGCAAGUACAGAGUCAGCACAGAGGCUAGGGACACAGCGGGAGAGAGGUUCUGCCAGACUGGGAGGGACGGGGGGAGUGGGCAAGGAAGGCUUCCCGGACAUCUGGAACCUGACCUUGGGGGGGAGAGUGUCACCUGCUGCUUUCAGAGACCUCCCACUGUUCUGAGCGCCUCAUUUGUUACCUCCUAAAAGAAAUUAGAUCACGAUUAGGAUGCUAUUUCUCUCCUACACACUCUCAUCCACAGCUUCAAUAAGAUCCCUCCUUUGAUUAUUUGUGUAUGCACUUUAACUUCUUCUCUAUUUCUGCUCCAGUUUUUCCUGUUUGCUGCCCCCUCCCCUGCCUCCUGUCCACACACUGUUGCAUUAAGACCUGUGAAAACAAGGACCAUCGACUUCAUUUUGGUAUCUAUCUCAAUAUCUUGAGAAUAGUACAAACCAGGCGCGCCUGG